AUCGAUAUGUAUCUUGAUGACUCAUGUAUGAUGAGCUGCAGUUUUGUUAGAGUCUAGUGUUGUUGGUUAAUUUCAGUUUGAUUGUUUAUUAAUUGUUUUUCAUUGUCAAUUGGUCCAGCAGUUUAAUAUGACUUCGGAAAGAUAUAGUUUUUCUCUAACCACCUUCAGUCCUUCUGGAAAAUUGGUUCAAAUUGAAUAUGCCUUGGCUGCUGUUGCCUCUGGAGCCAACUCUACUGCUAUUAAAGCUUCAAAUGGAGUAGUUCUAGCUACGGAAAAGAAACAAAAGUCUAUACUUAAUGAAGAGCAUAGUAUUUUCAAAAUAGAAGCAAUCACUGAACACAUUGGAAUGGUUUAUAGUGGAAUGGGACCUGAUUAUCGUCUUUUGGUCAGGAAAGCUCGCAAAAUUGCCCAAAAAUAUCAAUCAAUGUACGAUGAACCUAUUCCAACAUCUCAAUUAGUUCAACGGGUUGCCUACAUCAUGCAAGAAUACACACAAUCAGGAGGUGUUAGACCAUUUGGUGUAUCUCUGCUUAUUGCUGGCUGGGACAAGAAUAAGCCUUCAUUGUUCCAAUGUGAUCCCUCGGGCGCUUAUUUCGCCUGGAAAGCUACCGCUUUGGGUAAAAAUCAUGUCAAUGGAAAAUCAUUCUUGGAAAAGCGGUACAGCGAGGAUCUUGAAUUGGAAGAUGCUAUUCACACAGCUAUUCUGACUCUCAAAGAAGGAUUUGAAGGCCAGAUGACUGCUGAUAAUAUAGAAAUCGGUGUUUGCGAUAAAAAAGGUUUUCGUCGAUUAACUCCUUCAGAAGUUCGUGAUUACCUGGCUAGUAUUUAAUUUUUUUAAUCAUUAAACUUUUGAUAAAGAUCAAUUAUCUUUUAUUCUCUAAUUUAUACAAAAAGGUAAUAACCGUUAUUUAGAGAGUAAAAUGUUACUUUAAAUCGAA